AUGCAGGCCCCAGAGAGUGCCGUGGAGGUGAAGGAAAGAGUCAGGCAGGACAUGACCAGAGAGUCCCAGAGCACACACAAGAGAACUCUGCUCCCUCUCGCUGAGAAGGUGUGCUGUCGUGACGAACAGAGGAGGAUGAGCAUCAGGAGCAGGCUCGAGCCCUUCAAAAUUUCUGUCAGAUCUGAAGCCGCGCGCAAAGAGAGCCUCCUCAGCCUACGCGUCAUAUUUCUCGACGACAGUGAGCAGACUUUCGAAGUCGAGCAAAGGGCCCUUGGGAAUGACUUCUACAACAAAGUGUGCGGCCACCUGAAACUUUUAGAGAAAGAGUAUUUUGGACUGGAAUUUCGUCACCAUUGUGGCACUUUUGUGUGGUUGGAACUUCUAAAGCCUCUGGUAAAGCAAGUUAAAAAUAUCAAUGAUGUGUCCUUCCGGUUCAUUGUGAAGUUCUUUCCACCUGACCCCGGUCAACUCCAGAAGGAACUCACCAGGUAUCUGUUUGCACUGCAGAUUAAGCAGGAUCUGUCCAAUGGCAGCCUGACAUGCAACGACAAUACUGCUGCUCUCCUCGUCUCCCAUCUGCUGCAAGCUGAGAUUGGAGACUACAUGGAGGUGCUGGACGUGCAGCACCUGGAGACUAAGAAAUAUGUCCCCAACCAGGAGUGGCUCCAGAAAAAGAUCCUGCGCUUCCACAAGAGACACAGGGGUCAGACCCCAGCGGAAGCGGAUGGCCUGCUUCUGGAGGUGGCGCGCAAGCUGGAGAUGCUGGGCAUCCGGCCUCACGCCGCCAGCGACGGAGAGGGCACCAAGAUCAAUCUGGCCGUCACGCACUCGGGAGUGCUGGUCUUUCAGGGAAACCGCAAAAUAAACACCUUCAGCUGGGCCAAAAUACGCAAACUGAGUUUCAAGAGGAGGCACUUCCUGAUCAAACUCCACGCAAAAAUAGUGCCUUCCCAGAAGGACACGCUGGAGUUUGCCAUGGCCAGCCGAGACGUGUGUAAGGCCUUCUGGAAGAUGUGUGUGGAGAACCACGCCUUCUUCCGCCUGUCUGAAGAACCAGAGACGCGGACCAAGUCCCUCCUAUACAGCAAGGGCUCCUGUUUCAGAUACAGUGGCAGGACCCAGAGACAGCUGCUGGACUGCGUGGGAAGAGGAGAGAGGAAAAACCUCCCCUUCGAGAGGAGAUACUGCAAGGUGCCCUAUGACACCCGCCAAUGCAGGUCCUCCCCCGAUCUACUCACUGACGUCUCCAAGCAGGUGUACGAGCAGUCCUAUGGCUUCCCCCACGCCGGCUGCUCCCAGGCAGGGAUGCGGAGCCUGUCCGCGCUGGAGGUGCUGCUCUCCGCCGACCCAGACCGGGACCGGCCCAAGGCCCGGAGCACCAAGCCGCCCUCGCUCUUCGAACAGUCCCGAUCGUCCUCCUUCUCCGGUGUGGAGGCCACAUCGGCGGCUUGUGCCUCUGCUGCAUCUCCGUCUGCAUCCGCCGCUGCAUCUGCAUCCGCUGCUACCCCACCUUCCAGACUGGGGACCACACCCCAGCGCUGGCAGAACCAGGGCCUGAGCCCGGGGGGGCCCGCUCAACAUGGAGGGGGCAGGGCAAGGGGAAGGGGGGAGGCACCCCCUCAGAGAGGGCGCCUCCUUGGCAACACCCAGCACCUUGUGCUGCUCUACCCCAACCCCCAUGCCCCCCACACGCACGCCCAGUCCUGCAUGGGGGGGAUGCACCACCACCCGCCGUUCCCCGUCAUGCCUCUGCCAGGCCAGCCUUUCUGCCUGGGCCAGAUGCCAUGUGGUAUGUUCGCUAUGCCAACCUGCCACCACGUGCACUACCACCACCACCACUACCAUCACCAGCUGAGCCCCACUAUGCCCGUGCAGUCUCUGGUGACUGUGGAGGGCACUCCAGGUCCAGGUCCUGGCAACUCCUGCAGUUUCCCCAGCAGCUCAACGCUCUCUCCGGCCAGGCGACAGAGAGGCAGAGGGGGGCCCCCUGCUCCGGGCUUCGCCACGGCGUUCGCGAUGCCACCGUUUGGGCUGUUCUCCACCUCCGUCUACGGUGGCGUUGGCUGCAGCCACACAGGCCCACAGCGGGGGCGACGAAGCGGCAACAACGGAGGAGGAGGAGGAGGAGGGCGUCGUCUGGACUUCACCCACGAGGAGCUGGGCCACUUCAGUGACGACUGCAGCUACCAGUCGGGCCUGCCGCGACGCUCCUGGAGCCAGGCCGACAUGAAGAUCGUGCGGCAGCCCGUGCCCGCCGCCGAGUUCCGCCCCCUGGGCCACUACCCGCACCUGUCCCGCCGCCAGACGCCCACGCGGCCCAACCACCUGCCCCUGCAGGCCUGUGCUGCCGGCUCCUCCUCCUCUAAGUCCUCCACCACUAGGUGCACACCUGAGAGGCCUUCCUCCGCCUGUUCCCUCAGGGGCGGUGGUGGUGGUGGUGGGAGUGGAGGUCGGACAGGUGAGCUGAGCCACAGUGAUUCGGACUCGGAGACGGGGUGCCCGUUGUACUUCGAGGCGCUGUCGGGCCCACUGGCACGCAUGAGGAUCUCCUCAGGGAGUCUACAGCUGGAGGAGGAAGAGGAGGAGGAGGAGGAGGAGGUGGAGGAGGAGAAGGAGGUGGAGGAGAAGGAGGAGGAGGAGGAGAGGAAGAACAAGAAGGAGGUGGGAGCAGUAGGAGCAAAAGCACCCAAGAAGAAACCUUGA